CAGGCGUACUGCGGAGUAAACAGAGGAGCGGAGAUUGUAGAGUGAGGGGAGAGCUCCCCCAUACGGGACCGACACCGAGGAGGGACGGGGAGAGGAGAAGAGAGGAGGAGAUCGGAGCGCCGCCGGGAGUCAGCCGAUCCCCGCUGCGAGGGAGGAGGAGAGCGGGGCGCUGAGGGAGCGCCGAGGAGAGAAGACAGGAGACCGGUUCCAGCCGGAUCCGUCCCGCGCCUGCGCACUGCGCUCCGCCAUGGUGCAGAAGGAUGGACAGAGCGGCCCCAGCGAGCCGGACAAACCGACCGGAACCAGCCCGACCCCCCUCACCGGAGAGCUCAGCGCCCCCCCCGGAGAGGAGGAGCCGGACACCCCCCGGGCCAGGCGCUUCCUGUGCGGGGUGGUGGAGGGGUUUUAUGGACGGCCAUGGACUAUGGAACAAAGGAAAGAGCUUUUCAGAAGGCUUCAGAAGUGGGGGCUCAACACCUACCUGUAUGCACCGAAAGACGACUACAAGCACAGAAUGUUCUGGAGGGAGAUGUACUCCGUGGAGGAAGCUGAUCAGUUGAUGACUUUGAUCUCCGCUGCUCAAGAAUUCGGGAUCGAGUUUAUCUACGCCAUUUCUCCAGGGCUGGAUAUAACCUUCUCCAACCAAAAGGAGGUGUCCACGCUGAAGCGGAAAUUAGAUCAGGUCACCCAGUUUGGGUGCAAGUCGUUCGCUCUUCUGUUUGAUGACAUCGACCACAACAUGUGCCCGGCGGACAAGGAGGUGUUCAGCUCUUUCGCUCACGCACAAGUGUCCAUAACCAAUGAAAUCUUUCAGUACUUGAGCGAGCCAGAAACCUUUUUAUAUUUUGUCCUACAGAAUAUUGUGGCACUUUCUGCUUCCCAAACGUUGCCCAGUCCCCGUACCUGAGAACAGUCGGUGAGAAGUUGCUUCCCGGUAUUGAUGUCCUCUGGACAGGCCCGAAAGUGGUUUCUAAAGACAUUUCUGUGGAAUCCAUCGAGGAGGUUUCCAAAAUCCUGAAGAGGUCGCCGGUGAUUUGGGACAACAUACACGCCAAUGAUUACGACCAGAAGAGGCUCUUUCUGGGCCCUUACAAAGGACGAUCCACUGAGCUCAUCCCCCGUUUCCGGGGAGUGCUGACCAAUCCGAACUGCGAAUUUGAGUCCAAUUACGUAGCUAUUCACACACUUGCUACGUGGUAUAAAUCCAACAUGAAUGGCGUGAGGAAGGAUGUCGUAAUGGCGGACAGUGAAGACAGCACGGUGUCCAUACAGAUCAAACUAGAAAAUGAAGGCAGUGAUGAGGACUUGGAGAC